AAGGUGCCUUGAACUCGUUGCUAAAACAGCUUAAGUUUCCUAAAGUUGCUAAUAAACUUUUAACACAAAAUCCUCAAAAAUCUUCAAAAUGAAAUUCAUUGUUGCUGCCAUGUUUUUGUUUUUUGCCAUCGUUCUUGUAGCCGCUGCACCAGCUCACGAUGAGACAAUUGUUGAUGAUGUUGCUAAUGAUGACAGCAUCUUUGUCAUAUCUCACAAUGAUCCAAAUUCGUUCUUGAAGCUUUUGAAACUCAAGAAAUUGUUGCUUCUUGGUUAAGCGGAUAUUUGCUAUGGAUCAACAUUACAUCUACAAUAAAAUAGGGAAACAAUUUGUUCAAAACUAAAAGCUCUUAUUCAACAAUUCAAAGACUAUUUCGAUGCAAACCCAUUGCCCAGUACACAAUAAUGAAACGUACCCACUAUGUAAUAACUUUUUUUAUAGAAACGCUGUAAAUGGAAUAAAUCAAUAAAAUGCUCACGUAAUUAUGUAAAUAAGACAA